UAGAGUCAGUGUGGGAACUAACAUUAACCUGGUGGAAUAAUGGCACACAAUGAAACACAUCCCCUUUUGGAAAUACUAAACACUUUUAAUCUCGGUGAUAUGAUUCUAGCCUUCUGUUUAUCUAUUCUUGUGGGCCUGCUGCUGGGUGCGUUGGUCUACGUCCUGUUGACCUGGGCAUCCAGGCGCACGUCCACCGCCAAGAUCACCAGGCGCUCCAAAAGGAAGUCUCGCACUUCACGAGCACAAACCCCAAUGAACAGCCCGCUAGGCCUUUACCGAAGCACUUUCCUGAGUGUCUACAGACAACCCUCCCUGGAGCCAGUGGGUCCUCUGGGGAGCAAACCUGGGGCAGAGACCUCCACCUUUCGCCCGCAGGCCAAGAGGAGCAGGGCCCCGUUGGAGUUAGGAGAUGACACCCAAGUCACCAUGCCUGAGGAUACAGCGGCUUCAAUCUCGUCGGAUUCAGCAUCCCUCGUGCCUAACAAGAGGCAUUCCUUCUGGUUGGGCGGCAACGGACUUAAGGGAUUUCUCCCCUCGCAGACUCCCCCUCCUGCCUAUGACAGCGUCAUCCAUGCCUUUGAAGAGACUUGCACUUGAAACUGUCAGCAUGACAACAACUAACAUGUGGAAAAGUUACA